UCCGGUUUGAGCUAGUUCUAGUACUGGUCGGACGUUUAUGUUAAGUUACAGACUGUUCUGGAGGUGUAGGCUGAGGUGUAGGGACAGUUUUCCUCAACUGUAAAAGGCUGUGUUAUUCUCUUUUUAUAUCUACCUUAAAAAAUCUCUGCCGUACAACCUAAGCAACAAUGGGAAGGAAGAAAUCUACCGGCGAUGCAGAUGCAAGUGUGGAGCCAAGGAGAAAGUCUCAGAGGUUGUCACAAAAAGAGACAGAGCCAAAACCACAGCCAGAAAAGAAAAAGGCACCUCCCAAGAACAAAAAGGCGAAAGAGGUAGUAAAGGCCAAACCAGAGGAGAAGAAGAAGAAAGAAGAAAAGGAGGAAGAAGAGGAGGAGGAGGAGGAGAAGGAAGAAGCUCCCGCAGAAAAUGGAGAGGCCAAAGCUGAAGAGCCGGCUGCAGCAGCAGAUGACGCAGACGAAAAGGAGGACGAAGCUGAAGAAGAGGAAGAGGAGGAGGAGGAGAAAGCAGCAGAGUAGUCGUGACACCCCGAAACUCACCUGCCACCGCUCCCUGUACCUCCUUUCUUGUACAAUGCAGAGAUUAUUUUUAUCUACUAUUUUCAUAAGACAGCAAUGUUUUUAGGGACGUGAUUGCAUACAUGCAUUUUAAAAAAAUACUACAAAUUCCAUUUUUCAUGGCUUCUGUGAAGGGAAAGUUUCAGUCAUUGUAUUGGGUUAUCUGUUUGUUUUUGUUUCUCUCUGGCUUUUUAUUUUGCCUUUUUUAGGUUGUAGUUUUCUGCAUAAACGUGCAGUCGUGCCUAUAUCAGGAAUUUUUUUGUUCAGCUUCAACGGCGUUGAGUUUACCUGAGACAUUCCCGAGGCACCUUGAAGCAUUUUGUAACCUGUACUGUUUUGAAACUUAAUACAUCAUAAUACUAUGUGUUUGAUAGGGAAUAGGAUGUUGAAAGUUUGAGAGUUGUGUUCUGUGCUAAGUAAGUCUCGUUUGCAUCAUUUACUUUAAUCAUGUUCACUAGUACUGGAAUUGGUUGGGUUGAUCUUUUUUGUUAAUGCAGUCAGUGAUGGUACAUUUGAGGACUAUUAAAUUGACCCAUACUCUCAGCUGUGCUCACACAAUGCAUUAUGGAGUUAAUUGUACUUGUCAUGCUAUUUUCACUUCAGUGAAAUGGAUGUGCCACACAUUUGUGGCUAUAUCCAUUGUGGUUUUGGGAUUUCUCUACCAAUGUACAGUUUCCUCCUUUUUUUUAAAAAAAAGGAAAAAAAAAAGAAAAAAAAUGUUCUUUGUUAUUAAUGGUAUAAAAUGCCAAUUAAAGUGGGAAUUUCUCUUAAGUGA